CGGAAAAAGAAAUUGAGAAAAAGUCAGGAGAAGCAGAACUGAGUACAAAGCGAAAAAAUAAAUUUUCAAUUAGUUUUUGGUUUUUUGAAAGUUUUUGCAUUAUAAUUUUUAUUUUGUUAAACGCGUAUACAAAACAAAAGGAGCAGACGUUUGUGUGCGAGUGCACAUUCCGAAUAACCAAUUUUUUUUAUAAAAUCUAUAAAAUAGCUGAGCGAUUGCUGCGGCAGCUAAAUAAUAAAAUAAAAACUUAAGGAAUAUAUACAGGUAUCCGCCGAAAAUCGAAUUUGUUUACGUAACCAACUCUUCCAAAACAUGAACCUAUCAUCGGCUUCUAAUCGUGACAUGUCUCGGACAGACUCCCAAUCACCACCCACAACAGCUAGAAGCAAAGGCAACAUCUCGUCAUUUGGACAACUCAACGACACAAGCUUGAACAGCACUAGUAUAUACGACAGUGCUUUAGAAAAUCUCACCGCAUAUACUUCAUUUGACGAAAGUGCCAAUAAUAAUUCACACCUUAACAUAUCCACCGACACAACAUUGAACGGCAGUGAUUCACAUCGAAGUAACACAACCACCGGUUCGUGCAGCUCCACCGCCACACGUGAUUUGAAUACGAACAUCAGCGCCAGUAUGCUUCUAAUACAGUCCGAGAGCACUGAGACUAAUACUUCACAAGACGAAGUCGAUCCAAAAUCUCAACUAGCAAAUAAGACAAUAUUUAAGACGGAUAAUCCAAAUUUGUCAAUUAUAGAAAUUAGUGAUAAUUCAAUUAAAGAGCAAGAUCUUGAAAAUUCCGUACUGUUAAUAGAAUCAUCAUCGGAUGAUGAAAGCGUUCAACAACAAAAAGCGGACAAAUCUGAUGGUUUCGGAGGGGUUAAGCAAAAGACGUCGCCGCUAAAAGCUGGAGAUGCUGCUCUUGCUGCAUCGGCAGAGAAGCGACGCAAAAAGGCCGAAUGUUUGAUACACUCCAGUAAACAAAAGCUGAACGUAGAGAUAGCUGAAGCGGUCGCUGCCGAAUCAAAAGCUGAUAGUGGGGACAAAAGCGAACCGCACGGAAGUGUCGAACUGGAAAUACAAGAAGGGCAACCAAGUGGUACCAGGCGUGAAAUCCAAAUUUACGACACAAUAGAAGAGUUCGAAAAACACUUGCCGUCUACGGUAACCGUGCUAGAUACGCCAUUCGGUAGCAGAGUAUAUUUAGUGGGUACAGCUCACUUCAGUGAGGAAUCGCAAGAUGAUGUUUCUUAUGUUAUACGCAACGUCCGUCCAGAAGUGGUGAUGGUUGAACUAUGCCCAUCUCGCGUACAUAUAUUGAAACUCGACGAAAAGACACUGUUGGAGGAGGCAAAAAAUUUUAAUUUUGCUAAGAUACGCAGUAUAAUACAGACGCACGGCUACAUCAAUGGCAUCUUCUUCAUUUUGCUGUUGCAGAUGAGCGCACAAAUCGCCAAAGACUUGGGCAUGGCGCCAGGUGGAGAGUUCCGACGUGCGUUCGAAGAAAUUCACAAACUUCCUGGCUGCAUGCUACAUCUGGGCGAUCGACCCAUCCGCAUCACACUACAUCGCGCAUUACGCGCACUCUCGCUAUGGCAGACUAUAAAGCUGGUGUGGCGUCUAACCUCUACUGAUACCAUAAGCAUCGAGGAGGUAGAAGAAUGCAAGCAGCGUGAUUUGCUCGAAAAAUUAAUGCAGGAAAUGGCCGGUGAAUUUCCAGCUUUUUCGGAUGUUUUUGUGAAGGAACGUGAUCUGUUUCUAUGCCAUUCCCUGCAGUUGGCUGCAUUGCCUCAAACCCCAGUCGAUGGUUCCGGCGUACCGCGACCUGUACGCGUUGUUGGUGUUGUAGGUAUUGGCCACGCUAAUGGCAUUGCAAAAAUGUGGGGUCUUGUCGAUCCACAGAAGAUACCAGCCAUCAUGGAAAUUCCACCGGCCAGCAUAAGUACGCGUAUUUGCAAGUUUACCUUGAAAUAUGGCCUAAUUAGUUUGACACUGUAUGGAGCGUUUAAGCUUCUACGACCACGUCUGACGCAUUUCCUUUGAUUGCUUUCAUUGUAUAUAUAAAAAAGGUAUAAUAUAUUAAGAGGGCUGAGAACUACUUUAUACAAAUCGUAAUCGAUUUACUUACUAUAUAUAUAUAUAUAUAUGUUUAUUGUAGUAUGUAUUGUAGAUGUUUGAAAAGCAUCAAAUCAAAUUUAAAGUAAACCCUUACGUUUCGUCAAACAUUUUUGUGAGUGUGAGUGUCGAUGAAAUAAGAUUGCAUUAGAAAUACUUUUAUAUGAAUCAUAGAAUUUAUGUGUAUGUAUAUGUGCAUAUACACACAAAUUUCCGCACAAAUAAUGAUUCCGUUUUGCUUGAAAUUAAUUCAAUUCGUAAUUGAUGGUUUUCAUAGGCAGCCAAAACCCUUGUUGGACUGGGUUAUUGAAUAUUGAAAAGUUCGUUUUGAAGUAGAUAAUUUGUAUAUAAAGUUGAAUCAAAAUGAACAUGCGAGCAUGUAGUUAUAAGAGACAUUUUAAAUGAAAAACAAUAUUGAUUGCUACUUUUAGUGUUAAUGGAUAUAUAAUAUCGCCAUCCAUUUCCCUGAGUCUGUGCAUACAUAUGUAUAUCUCUGUCCUGUGGUAUCUAUACAAGAAAUUUUUCAACCCAAAAAAACGAAAAAAAAAAACGGAUUUUAACAUAAUCAAUAUAAUUUAUGUAAUUUGUUUGAAGUGGAGUUUAAACAAGUCCUUAAAAUCUUGCAACUCAAAUAUAUCCUAAAAUAAAUAUUUACGCUUGAAAGGCCAAUCGAAAACAGCGAAUCAUCAAUAAAAUACGUGAAUUAGUUUUCAGCAUUUGUCAUUCCAACAUUCCCAACAGUAAGACACUCAAAAAUUCGGAAAUAAAUAACUAUUAAACUUUCCAAAUCGAUGUAAACUUAGAUGUAAAUUUAAAAAAAAGUAGAAUAAACGAUGGAAAAAAUAAUAAUUUAA